UGCGUGAUACUGCGUGAUACAUAUCCCACCUGCCCCUCGCGGUGUAAUUAGUGAUUGAUUGGGCGUGGCGCUGUCGUUGACCCGUGUCAUCCCAUCCUCCCCCAAUUAGUUCUUGAUGAGUGAGGCGGUGGCGUGGCCGACUCAAUCGCGGCGGGAGCAUGGCCAAUUUCGGCCACUACUUCGGCUCCACCCUCGGCUCCACCUUGGACAAGCUCAAUCAAGUGGCGGGCGAGGUGUCGGGCACGGUGCAUAACGUGGCUUUUACGCUCGAACAGACUCUGCGCGAUAAUCUCCGCACGCCAGCCGGACAUCAUCCUCACGACCCAUCCUCUGGCCCACCCGAGGUCCAGGCCACCAGCACGCCCCAUUCCAACGCCUCUAGUCCCGCCUCCACUCCCGAUUCCGAAGGGGGAUUGGCUCAAGCUCAAGCGCCCCAUGAUCAGUGCGAUCCGCGGACCCACGACGAGAUGGCGUGCGAUCACUGCGGUUUCCGGUUUAAUCUGUUUCAAAGAAAGAAACAAUGUCCCGAGUGUCUGAACUACUUCUGCGGCAAUUGUCUGAGCCCGCGACGCAAUACUCUACCUCGAACCUGUGCUCAAUGUCGAGUCCUGUCGUCUCAACCGCCCAUUCGAUCCGAUUUGAUGAAAUUGCGGGUCAAGGAUUUGCGACGAUAUCUCAAUGCCAAGCAGAUCAACACCAAAUCCUGCGUGGAAAAAAAAGAUCUUGUGGAGCUGAUCAUCCGUGAAAACAGUCCCAACUUGACUCAUCGAUCCCCUUCCGACCAUGGAUUGGGAUAUCGAUCCAAUGAGACCAAUGCGCGAACCUUCUUCGAAAGGCAGACGAGUUUCCCCAAAAGCUACACGGAAGGCUCCCAUCGACCUCAUUGGAUGUCUGAGGACACCCCCGAGCCGGAAGAGGAUGGUGGGGGUGAAGGUGAAUCGUCCUCGGACUUAGUGGAAGAUUUUGUCGUGAUCCCUUCUCCGUCCGAAGAAAGGGGAUCAUCCUUUCGUAAGGAGUCGGAAGUUAAUAAUACGGACUCCCAGGUGGACAUGCAAGUCGAUGAGCCGAAGGAACAAGUGCAUCCCGUUCCGGCCCAACCCAAGGUUAAGCCCAAGGUUGAGCCCAAGGUUGAGCCCAAGGUUGAGCCCGAGGUCAAGCCUGAGGCGACCAUAACGGUCCCUGGUGACACAAGUGGAGAGAGCAGUUUAGAGGAACCGGCGAGCCAUUCCAUUCACGUGAACGAGUCUUCAGAACCUCAGUCUACCCCACCGCUCGAGGGAUCAAGGGAGCCCGUGCCCUCCUCCCCACAUCAACCCGAGGGAGCCGAAGCCUUGUUGAAACCUAAUGUGAUAGAAAGUGUGUCAAAUUCAUCUACCCCAUCGAGUCCUCGGCGUUUUGCCAACCGCGGAUUAGUCUACUUAUCCGAAAUCCAGAGUCUAGAUGAUCUCCAAGAACUGUCAGUGAAACAAAUUAAAGACAUCCUGGCCAUGAACAGAGUCACUUUCAAAGGCGUCCUGGAGAAGAAUGAGCUCCUCAAUAUUCUAACCCGGCUCUGGAAGCAAGAGCAGCAACUCAAAAGCGGCAAGGAGGCAAUGGUGGACGAUGAUUUGUGCAAGAUAUGCAUGGAUGACCCGGUGGAUUGUGUGAUGCUCGAGUGUGGCCACAUGUGCACGUGCACACAGUGCGGGAAACAAAUGGCGGAAUGUCCCAUGUGCCGCCAAUAUGUAGUCAGAGUUGUUCGCACGUUCAAGAGUUGAUCGCUAUCAUCCAGACUGAAGAGCGAUCCCGAUCAUUGUUCAGCAUUGUUCCAAUUUCAUCAAAUCCACCCAUUACCAUUGUAUCACCACCCACCACCCACCACUGCACUAUUCGAAUGGUCAUCAUUGGAAAGAAUUGUUCCCAAUAACUGACGAAAGAAAUACAGCAUUAUUUUUCAGUCGUA